AUGGGUGGGGAAGAGGGUUUGCCACCAUCCAAACCCCGAUCCCCAGCCCCGACACCCAGUACCCCGCCCAAAGGAGCCACCGACCCCCAACAAAAAGGAACCAGCCAGAAGCGUGCACAGCAUCAACCAAGAGUGUGGCCCCACCACAGAAAAAAGAGCAGACCAGCAGGACCACUCAGCAUAAGGCAGAGAGGCCUGAUGCAACUGCCGAGCCCAGCGACGCUGGCCAGAGCGCCACGCACAGGACCACCACCCCGACACCACAGCACGCCAAACAGCGGAGGACAGAACGCAGCAAUGAGCACCCAAAGCAGAAGCCAUGCACAAAGCCCACAUCAUGCAAGUGCGCCCCCACCAGCCCUCCAAAAACAAAGCCCCCUGCAAAACUGCACCCCCGUGAGAAGAAGACCCAUAGCAUCCAGGUCCAAGAACAUGCCCGACCCCCAUGCCCCUGGCGGAAGUAGCCCUGCAAGAAAACCCACACCAAAGCCCACAAAAGGUAGAGAGCCCACAGAGCCAAAACAAAACCCAACAAUAAGCCGAGACCAGUCCACCCCGAGAUCAGCCCCGGCCAGCCCGCCCGCCAAUCCAUGCAGACCCCUCCGACCCCCCUCUCCCAGACAGAACCGGGACUGGCGUCAGGAACCGGAAUCUAGACAGGAACCAGAAUCCGAACCAGAACCACCCAGGUCCAAACAAUGCCCAUCCCCACCAAAGGCUAACCACCCACCUCCAUCCAAGAAGAAAACCUACACCCACCCCAACAUUCUAACAACUCCCACAACACAUAAGACAUCAGACACCCAGGUUGACUCCGCCCCGCUCCCUCCCACAGAUCCUCCGCCCCGCCAGCAGAGUGCACUCCUUGAAGGAUAG